AUGGCAUGCCCAUUCUUGCGGGAUGUGGUGGAUGAAGAAGCACUUGUGCUGAGGAGAGCCUUCAGGCGAGAAAGGGUCUUCAGGGACCGGUUGGACCCACUGGCCUUCCCUGAUGACCAUCUAUAUGAAAGAUACAGGUUUUCUGCAGAUGGCACAGCAUUAGCAGAUGUCUUCAUCUCCUUCCCUGGCCACAGAAGACUCUGUGACAUCAAAGAGGAGUUCUAUAGGAUUGCAGGUGAAUUCUCUGGUGUGUUGCUGGGAGACAGGGGGUAUGGCUGCCAGCCUUUUCUCCUGACACCUUUCACAGACCCCCAGGAAGCACAGCAGGCCUACAACCAUGCCCAUGCCAGGACCAGGGCCAGAGUUGAAAUGACCUUUGGCAUCCUGAAGGCACGCUUUCACUGCCUUCACAAAUUAAGGGUCAGCCCUGUUAGGGCAUGUGAUAGUACUGUGGCUUGUGCUGUCCUCCACAAUGUGGCCUGCCUGAGGAAGGAGAGGGCCCCCAGAGUGCCACCAGCCAUGGACUGGGACAAUCCGGCAGUCUUCCCUGAUGACGACAGUGUCCUUCAGCAUCUGACUGAAUCCAUCCUGGCAGAAAAGGAUGAUGACAGCAGCCUGGUGAGGAGCAUGAAACAUGCUAUCUGCAAGAACUUAAAAGAGCGGUAUGAGGAUUCUGAUAUGGCUAAUGUGAUUAACAUGGCCUGUGUACUUGACCCCCGCUUCAAGUUGAACUUCGUGGAAGAGGCAGAUUCAAUCAAAGGACAGCUAGAGCAACAGGUCACGCAGGAGUCUUCUGCAAAUGAAGGUAGCACUUCUACUCUCUCACAGGAGUCUUCUGCCAGAGGAGAAUGUGAAGAUGAGGGGACCAGUGUCUCUGUCCCUGAGGCCCCAAAAGGCUUGGCUGGUAAUCUCAAAAUAAUACCAAAGAAAAAACAGGAGAAAAACCAAUCAGCAGACAUGGUGAAAUCUACACUAGCAUUUCAAGAAGUUUCUGUUUACACAUCCUUGCCCACUAUUGCUGUCGAUAAAGACCCACUUCAGUGGUGGAAGGAUAAUGAGGAGGAGUUUCCAAGGUUGGCAAAACUGGCACAGAAGAUCCUUUGCAUUCCCGCCACCAGUGUUGCAUCAGAAAGACUUUUCAGUUCUUCAGGAAACAUUCAGACAGUGUUUCGCUCCAGUUUGAAACCAGACAAACGUAAUAUGCUUGUCUUCCUUCACACAAAUUUGCCAUAGAUUGUGAAUGCAAUAAGUAAAAAUACAUGUGCAUUGUUU